AUGAACAUCCCUGCCGAAGGUCCUCCUGGAUAUGACAUUGGUGACAUCCUAGAGUUGCACAUACUCCAGACCCAAACCAACCUCUUACGCCAAUCCGACAAAGUUUCGGUCAGAAUCAACCAGCUCAUCACAAACACCAUGGCUACCGUCGCGCGCGUCAGUUUUGACACUGGCUGCGCUGUCCUCAAGCUCUACGAUCGUCGAUUUGGUACUCAAUUCCGCAAGUGCUAUAACAAAAACAUCCCCUACUUUGAUCAAGCCAAGGCCGCCUAUCACUCAUUCCUGCAAAGAGGCGCCAUGGGCCCUUUUAUAGAAGAGCUGGACGACGAGCAGUCGAAAACCGAUGUUAUCCCUCGCACCACGCGCGAGAUUCGAGAUGAGCCUGAUGGAGUUGCCCGGUUUGAAGCUGCGCUUUGGAGAUCUGCUCAUAAUCAUUUCAAGACUGAGACUGAGGCAUACAUGCGUAUGCAGGAUCUUCAGGGUGUGCUUAUCCCAAAGCUUUACGCUGUUGUGCGCGUCGUCACCAAGGAAAACUCGCUGGAGAAUGGAUACCUUGAUGUUCCUGGCAUCUUACUCGAGCCCAUUGCAGGCCACUCUCUAAGUGAUCUCCUUGACGCACCUUGUGCCCCUGUGACCAAACAAGAAUGGUCAUCUAUCAUACAGCGUGCAGUCGACUCAGCACAUGAGAUCAAUAAGCGAGGCAUAGUUCUCGACGAUAGCGCCCCUCGCAACGUGGCUGUCGACCAAACCUCACACCAGCCUUUCCUCGUUGACUUUGCCCAAGUGCAUAACAAUCCUGCGGCGAUUGGACUGCCUAUGGAGAGACGGCUCCGGAAAAAGUUUGGAUGGAAGCUGGAUAUCGCCUAUCCUGAAUCGGAUGAUCUGCUUUCCAAGAGCAAGUGUCAGACGCCGGAACAGCAAGGCUGCCAUCUGAUUGCUGGCUCUGUUGGGGUUCCUGACACUGAGGCAUGA